AUGACAAUGAAACGAUCACAGCUCCAAAAUAAGCGGGUACAAUGUAAUCAAUGUCAGGAUGGCCAAAAGUGUCCAGACCAUUUACCGUACUGCACUCCAGUUGGCUGUGUGUUGCAAUGUCCAGAUGGUGCGUUUACCAACGGUUCAAAUUGCGUCCAGGACUGUGCUGACCAGUAUAUAUUCAACAGUACAUGUGUACCUAAUUGCCCCGCAAGCAGUGGACUUAUCGAGGAGCAAAUUAAUUUCAAAUUUAAAAAGCUGAGAUUUUGUCGGUCACAGUGUGGUGAACAUACUUUUGCCUACAAUAAUACCUGCAUCAGAUCCUGCCCUCACGACAGCAAAUUUGUGGAGAACGGACAAUGUGCUAGCAAUUGCUCUAGUUUAAAGACGUUACAUCGAAACAUUUCUGACGAUAACCGACUGGUUGGAAUCGAAUGCCGCGAAACUUGCAAUAAAUCGUCCAAGAAUCCAUUUCAGUCUACUAAUGAGUGUGUAUCCAAAUGCAAUGAAGGUCAAUUUGUUGUCGAUGGUAAAUGUCUGAAAGAGUGCCCAACAGACAAGCAUGUUUUAAUCAGCUUAGAAGUGUGCAUACAAAUGGGAAAGUGUCUGCGGGUUUGGCCUGAGCAGAAGUAUUGUUCAGAAAGAUGUCCAGAUUCUUAUUUUAUAUACAAUACAAGUUGUGUACACAGAUGUCCUGAAACUUCUAUGUACGCGCUCGACGGGCAUUGCGUGAAGAACUGUCCAAUGGACAAACGGUAUACAUGUUAUAAGCCUGAAUCUUUAUAUUUGACUGAAGAGAGUGUAAAAGGGUGUUGUGAAGAGUGUCCACACCCACUUGUAGCAAAUAACUUUACAUGUGUCGAUGUGUGUCCGUUAGGAAUGAAAGAAUUUGAAAGGACCUGUUUAUGGGUGUGUCCGAAUGAUACCCACGUUGAAUACGUAACAGAAAUUGGUAGUUUCCGUUGUGUAACAGGUUGUAAAAAGUACAUUAUGAAUAAUUUAUGUACCGAUUCCUGUCCAAAUGACGCAAAGUAUAUAUACGAAUCUCACUGUGCAGCCGAAUGUCCAAAUUCAUAUCCUUACAGGGUCGAGAAUUCAUUUACGUGCUUAAAAGAAUGUCCUAAAAACUUCAAGAAAAACAUACUUACAAAUGAAUGUGUUGAAAUUUGUCCAGCAGAGACGAGCGUCCAUGAAAUGACUUGCGUGAGCGAAUGUCCUAAAGGAUUCAAACAGAUAAAUAGUCGCACUAGCGAAGUGAAUUGUGUAAAAUCUUGUGAUAAAUAUGAACUAAACGGAACGUGUGUUGAUUCGUGUCAAAGUUAUUCUGUAAAUAAAACCUGUGUUGAGAAGUGCCCUAGAAACUACAGUUUCAGAUAUAGAGAGUCCUGCUUUGCAAUAUGUCCAGCCAAUACGUGCCUAAUGGACGAUGGAUUCAACUGUACUGACGAUUGCAUGAAUGAUAUAGGGAACAAUAAAUUGGUCUACACGUGCCCAAAAAGCACUCCGUAUAUACAAAAGUACAUGUCAGAAAGACGAUGUGUCUCGGCAUGUGAAAGAAAUGAAGUUUUGAAUGACUUUACAUGUAUCAAUGUUACUGAUUGUAAAAGAGCAGUUUUAUCACAUGGAAAAUGUGAGCACGAAUGUCCGGAGGGUUACUUAUAUAUGCCGAAAAACAGAAAGGAGUAUGCUUUGAGUGUAGGUGACUAUCAGUAUAAGGUAGAAGACGCACAAGAAAACCCUUGUGUGACUGCGACCGAAGCAUACUUGAGUGUGGUAUUUAUCGGCAUAGUGGUGGUGAUGUAUGCAACAGGUGUUGCCAUUUUCCUUUCUAACAUACAGAUUGGUGUAAAUAUAUGUGGACGCAAGAAAGAGCAAGAGUCUACCACGGAAGAGGUGUUUGAUCAUAGAUGUGGUGAAAGGAGCAAUGCCAGUUCGAACUGUGUUCAGGAUGUACCAGCAGCAAAUGAACACAGUGAAGAUAGAUGGCAAGACGAUGAACCUUUGCUAACACUGACUGAAAAUAAUGCACAGUCGGCAGGGAAUGGGGAUGUUCCCAUGUUAGAUCUGGCUGCCAAUACCAUACAGGACAGCAGUAAUAUUGAGGAAUAUUGCAUGGUUGAUAUACAUGUAGCUGGUAACCAUGGUGAAAUGAAUGAAGAAAAUGAAGACGUGCCGUUGCUGAGUGCUAGUUUGUAGACGACUGACCAUAGUUACAAAUCAUUUGCUUUAAAGCCAGCUUUUUUGAAGCUUGAACAAAAAGUUGUGUACUUCUACAUGCAAUAAACCAGCAACAGCUGACUACUGACGUUGAUAUUACAUCAUUCUACAGUAUACUUUCUUACAUUUAACAACGUUUUACUAAACCUUAUACCUCUUGAAAUGAUUGAUCAGCAACCAGAUUAUAGAUAAAGUCUCACAUAUCUGUCAUUAUCAUUACAGAUGUAGGAAUGAUUGAAGCAUUAUUAUAUAAAUAUAUGAAAUAGUUGCUUUCGCUGUGGAUGGGUUCUUCUUUGUAUAUAGUAUUUUAGUAUACAUGUAUUUUAUUGUGAAUUUAAUGUUUAAUUCAUUUGUUUGUCUGUGUAUAAUAUGUAAUGUAUGUUGUGCUCUUCAUAUUAUGGAGGAAAUAAAAGUAUCUAUCUAUAACUAUUUUAAUUACUAAAAUAUCUUAGUUUAAAAAUGGGUGUCAUUUGUUUGGAGAGGAAUUUGGAAGCAUUUAGUGGAGAAUUUGCUGAGAAAUCAUACUACAGGGAACACUUUCCCCAUCUUUGGUGUCUUAAUUAAACCUGGUGUAUAGUUUUGUAAAAUGUAAAUAUUAAGAUUCAUAUUUUUACAUUAUUUUAAUACAACAUUUUACAUCAUAAUUAUUUUUAUAGACAUUGAUAUGUAUUAUUUGUUAUUAAAGUCUUUAAUUUUUUGGAUUAUAAUGUCAUUUUUGUAACUUAAAAACAAUUACAAUUUUUAGUUAAAGAUACAUUUUGAACUUUCAAUUGAUUGCUAAAGGACUUUGUUAUUAGCACCUUAAGUGAAGCUUCCUAACUAGCAUCUCAACAACUAAAACAUAAACAAACUAUAAAUGAGCCACGCCAUGAGAAAACUAACACAGUGCGUUUGCGACCAGCAUGGAUCCUGACCAGACUGCACAUCUGGGCAGUCUGGUCAGGAUCCAUGCUGUUCGUUAACAGUUUCUCUAAUUGCAAUAGGCUUUGAAAGCGAACAGCAUGGACCCUGACCCGACUGCGCAAAUGUUGGUUUUGUCAUGGCGCAGCUCAAAUAUUGGUAAGAAAUCACUUUUACUUAGGUUUUUAUCAAAAUUCUUCAAUAUCUAAAUGAGUGCAAUUGUCAUUUUUGACAGGAAACCAUCCUGAAAUUUCUUCAGGAAAAUAAUAUGCUUGGCUUGACCAAUAAACUCCAAUGUCCAAAUACUAUUCAAACUUGGAUAUUCUUGUUUAGUAAAACUGGAUUUUAACUAACAAGUGUGGACUCAUUUCCAUGCAUAACUUUUCUUUUAUUCCUUUAGGACUUUUUAUUAAUUCAAAUUACUUUUGUUCAUUGUUCAUAUUGUGUAAAUGUGAUUUUGCAUGGUUUUUUAAAAGAAGUAAGAACUUCUGAAGAUGUCAGUUGUAUCCAACGUAAAUUUUACUUGCAUUCCGAGUGACUUAAAGAAUUGAGAUAUGUUAUCUUUUUCCGUAUCCAUUACUUUCUGUAAAAGCACAUAUAAUUUUGCGCAUUUGAAAUUUUUAGUAUGUCUGCAAGGUUUAAUAAUUGAGAAGCGAAAAUUAAACCCUCGCAAAAAUUUCUGUUUUUACAUUAAAGCAAGGAUAUCAGCUUUAUUUCUCCCUUUUUGUUGAAAAAAAAACAAGUUCAAUUAUAUAUCUAAAUAAGAAUCUCAUUCCCUAUUUUAUUAAAAUUUGAAUAUUGUAUAGUCAUUCAAAACUUGAAUAUUC